AUGCCAACGCAAAUUAAAGUAGGCGAUUGGGGCGGCUGGCGGCUUUGGUACAAUUCACUACGUAAUGCUAGUCCGGGCAACGGCCAACGCCUGGGUGGUCUCUCAGGGACACCAUCACGUGGACAGAGCGAGUACUGCUAUGCUUUAUAUCCAAUCUGCGACCACCACAUGAUUUUCGAGUGCAGAAACCUGAAGAAUUACAAGGCCGUAGCCGAGCAAGUACGAAACCACCACAGCUUGACAAUCAAGGACCUCUGCACUUUCCCCAUCUACAGCCGCCUCUCCCCGUGGAAAGACAUCGGCUUCGCAGUACGGGACUACUUGACGGUCCCCUACUGGGAACACAACCACUUCGACGGCGCCAACCACCCCUACACCAUGACCUACGACUAA